AUUGCGAGAUGAUUGCACUCUGAACUCACGCACGUCCAACUAAACAAACGUAACGUAUACGUCUUGUGGCACGUAAAUCAUACGUACCACAUACCAAAUCUCGGUGUGUUGUGUUGCUUUGGGGGGUUCGUUUCAUUCGCGCUGACUGCUGUUGUGUGUCUCAACGUUUUGAGUGGCGAGUGCUGCGCGAACAUCCAACAGUCGAUGGAAGAAAGACAGAACAACAAUGGCCAAACAGAAAAAGAGCCAGCCAGCCAUACACGUCAGUUCAGUUCUAGUAAAGUGUUUGAUUGAGUGAAAAGUUCGGGAGGAAAUUUAGAGAAAAUAUAACACAAACAUACGCAAGGGAAACGCAUUUUUUCACUUCAAAAUCGAUUCAAACAACCAAAAAAAAAAAAGAAAAUCUGUAGUCUAAUAGAGAAAAAAAUAUAUAGAAUAUAAAACAAACGGUUUAAUAAAAUUAUAUUUUUUUGUAAUCAAAUCAAAUUCGAAACGUCGUAACUUAACUAAAUAAGCAACAGAAGCAGCAGCAGCAACAACAACAAAUUUAAAUUAAUAUACAAGAAAAAAAGUAUUUUUUAAGUGAAGAAAAAAAAAUUGUAGAAGAAAAGCCAGCCAGCAAAGCUCCCCGCUCCCAAAGAAAAGAAAUAGAAACGAAAACAAAUAGCAAAUCAAAGCAAAUAACAAAACAAACAAACAAAAGAGAGAGCUAGGCGUAGAAGCAACUUGCAAAGCUUAUCACUCAUACGCCUGGUAUGUCCGAGCAUAUGUUAAAUGUUAAGGCCUCAACAAUGCUGCCGCAGCAACAACAAUGGCUUGCCUAAUUAGCUAAUAUCCAUCAUUGCCCCAUGCGAUCCAAGCUGCAUUUAAGUGAUUUGAUCGACGAUUUGAUUUCGAAUAUUUGAACCUUGCGAAGUGAUUUGAUAUUCUGCAAAACGAUUUGGUAGUGGUCGCAGCCGUACAGCAGGCCCUGGGGGCGCCAGCAAAACCUAUUUAACGUUUGACUAAUGCUCAGCUUGAAAAUUGAAAGCAAAAACUUGAAAUUGAUAAGUCAAACUAAAAGCAUCCUGUAGCGUAAUCAUAAACUGAAUACUCAUCCUCAAGUCACUUGUAGAGUCGGCCGUUACCGUAUCACCAGCAUCAUCAUCAUCACCUUUAAUAUCAUCAUUCUGCUCUAACAACAACAACUACAAGCUUUGCUAUAUAGUUAACCAAACAUUCGCAAAAAACACAUUCAAGCUAUGAAUCUAAUAAAUAUGGACUCGGAGAAUAGGGUGGUACUAAACGUAGGCGGCAUCCGACACGAAACAUACAAGGCAACCCUGAAAAAGAUACCGGCCACCAGGUUGUCGAAACUGACUGAAGCGCUGGCCAACUACGAUCCGCUGUUGAAUGAAUAUUUUUUCGAUCGACAUCCGGGCGUGUUUGCACAAGUCUUGAAUUAUUACAGAACUGGAAAACUGCAUUAUCCCACGGACGUAUGCGGUCCACUGUUCGAAGAAGAGCUGGAAUUUUGGGGUUUAGAUUCAAAUCAAGUAGAACCAUGUUGUUGGAUGACCUACACCCAGCAUCGUGACACUCAAGAAACUCUAGCCGUAUUAGAUCGUUUAGACCUCGAUACAGAAAAACCGUCCGAAGAGGAAUUAGCUCGAAAAUUUGGUUUCGAAGAUGACUACUACAAGGGAACACUAUCGUGGUGGCAGGAAACGAAGCCACGGAUAUGGUCAUUAUUUGAUGAGCCAUAUAGCUCGAAUGCGGCCAAGAUAAUUGGCGUCGUAUCGGUAUUCUUUAUAUGCAUUUCAAUAUUGUCGUUCUGCCUGAAAACCCACCCGGACAUGAGGGUACCCUAUGUCCGUAACAAUUCAGUGCAGACGGCCAAUGGCAGCUCCGGCUGGUUUCUGGAGAAGACACAAACAAAUGCCCACAUAGCUUUUUUCUACAUUGAGUGUGUUUGUAAUGCCUGGUUUACUUUUGAGAUAUUAGUCCGUUUUAUAUCCUCACCCAAUAAAUGUGAUUUCAUCAAGUCAUCUGUGAACAUCAUCGACUACAUUGCCACACUGAGUUUCUACAUUGAUCUGGUGUUGCAACGUUUCGCCUCACAUCUGGAGAAUGCCGAUAUUUUGGAAUUCUUCUCGAUCAUACGUAUUAUGCGAUUAUUUAAGCUGACACGGCACUCGUCGGGAUUGAAAAUAUUAAUACAAACGUUUAGAGCCUCUGCCAAAGAAUUGACGCUGCUGGUAUUUUUCCUAGUCCUGGGCAUUGUCAUAUUCGCCAGUCUGGUCUACUAUGCGGAGCGUAUACAAACGAAUCCGCACAAUGAUUUCAAUAGCAUACCGCUGGGCCUGUGGUGGGCCCUGGUGACGAUGACCACAGUGGGCUACGGCGAUAUGGUGCCAAAGACCUAUAUUGGCAUGUUUGUGGGUGCGCUGUGUGCUCUAGCCGGUGUGCUAACCAUUGCACUGCCAGUGCCCGUCAUAGUCAGCAAUUUUGCCAUGUACUAUUCGCAUACACAGGCCCGUGCUAAACUGCCAAAGAAACGUAGACGUGUGCUUCCGGUUGAACAGCCCCGUCCACCAAGGCUGCCAGGUCAAUCAGGAGGUGUUAGUGGCUGUGGUACACCCGGUUCGGGACCAAAUUCAGGCCCUAUGGGCUCUGGCGGUACUGGACCCAGACGUAUGAAUAAUAAGACCAAAGAUUUAGUGAGUCCUAAAUCAGGUCCCAUUGGUGCCAGUAUUGUUGCCAUGAGUCCUCGCACCAUGCUUGAUCUAAAUCCCGCUUUGGCCAUGGUCAAACCGACCUUUGAAUCCCGUGGACCACCCAUAACAUCGAAAGACUUUAAGGAUACGGAUAAGAAUACAACGGAUGCAUCAAAGAAAAACUUUUUAUAGAAUUAUUAAAUAAAUAAUAACAAAACAAAAUAAAAACGGAAACAAAAUUGAAUUACAACAACAGCAAAUGCAAAUAAAUGGAACAAAACAAAAAAA